AUGGGUGUGUUCCGGUUCACCUACCCAUACCUGGUCAUCUUGCCUGUCUACCAAUGUAUCCACCGACGAGUGCGGAGUGAGGGGGGCUCCUCAGAACAGCCUCUUGCAGAGCGAGUGUGGGGCGUGGUCCAGGUGGUGGCCCCGCCCCGCCUGGCCUCCAGCCCUAAAAGUCCCUGGGCUAGCGACGCGUGGCUGCUGUCGCUGUCGCCGCCGAACUCCGGGAAGCGCAGAGCCGCGCACUGGACUUUGCGCGCUCGCCGUUGGUCAGAGACUGCACCUGCCCACAACCCGGUGGAGUGGGCGCCAGCGCCCUCUGGGGUCGGUAGCCGCCCUUCGAGGUACUGGGACCUCCACUUGGCUAUUCGUCGGGCUAAAACCCCAACAUCUGAAGAAGAGGAAGCUAAAGACCUAGAAGUAGACAUGGAUAAAACAGAAGAUGCCCUCCAGCUGUGGACUACCCAUCGUGAUGGAGAAAUCCUUUUGAGGUUGACAAAGCAUGGGCCAGGCCAUGAGACCCCGAUAACCAUUCCAGAAUUUUUCCGGGAGUCAGUCAGCCGCUUUGGGACUUACCCGGCUGUCGCAACAAGGAAAAAUGAUAAAUGGGAAUUUCUGAAGUACAGCCAGUACUACGAGGCUUGUCGGAAAGCUGCAAGAGGCUUCCUCAAGCUGGGCUUGGAGCGUUUCAACGCAGUUGGCAUCUUGGGGUUUAACUCAGUGGAGUGGUUUAUUGCUGGAAUUGGUGCCAUCUUAGCAGGGGGCCUCUGUGUUGGUAUUUAUGUCACCAACUCUCCUGAAGCCUGUCAAUAUGCCAUCACUAAUGCCAAGGUGAACAUCUUAGUGGUUGAAAAUGACCAACAGUUGCGGAAAAUCCUUUCGAUUCCACAGGAAAAGUUGGAGACCUUAAAAGCGAUUGUCCAGUACAAGCCGCCGAUGAAGGAGAGCGGUAGCAAUGUGUACUCUUGGGAUGACUUCAUGGAACUUGGCAAUAGCAUCCCCGACUCCCAGCUGGAUGAGAUCAUUGAGAGCCAGAAGGCCAAUCAGUGUGCUGUGAUCAUCUACACUUCAGGGACCACAGGCAACCCCAAGGGCGUGAUGCUGAGUCAUGAUAAUAUCACGUGGAUGGCCGGGGCAGUGUCAAGGAACUGCAACCUGUCUUUGCCCCCAGAGAAGCAAGAGAUGGUGGUCAGCUACCUCCCCCUCAGCCACAUCGCAGCCCAGAUAAUGGACAUGUGGAUCCCCAUUAAGGUCGGGGCCAUCACCUACUUUGCUCAACCAGAUGCUCUCAGGGGCACCUUGGUGAACACUCUGCAUCAAGUGAGACCUACCUCCUUCCUGGGGGUACCCCGGAUUUGGGAGAAGAUGCAGGAGAAGAUAAAGGAGAAUAGUACCAAGUCCUCAGCUCUGAAGAAGAAAGUGUUCUCGUGGGCAAGAAACAUCGGCCUGCAGGUCAACACGAAAAGGAUGCUGGGGGUGCAUGACCCGCCCAUGAGCUACCACAUGGCCAAGGCCCUCGUGUUCAGCAAAGUCCGGAGCGCCCUGGGCCUCGACCGCUGCCGCUAUUUUGUCUGUGGGGCUGCACCUCUCCCCGAAGAGACGGCCGAGUUCUUCCUCAGCUUGGACAUCCCCAUCUGCGAGAUGUAUGGGAUGAGCGAGAGCUCGGGGCCGCACACGGUGUCUGUCAGUGAAAACUACAGGAUCCUCAGCUGUGGGAAGCCCUUGAGUGGCUCCAAGACCAUGUUGAGCCAACAGAACAAGGAUGGCAUCGGUGAGCUCUGCCUCUGGGGCCGGCAUGUCUUCAUGGGCUACCUGGACAGGGAGGACGCCACCAGGGAGGCCAUCGACGAGGACGGCUGGCUGCACUCGGGGGACCUGGGCCGCAUGGACAAGCAUGGCUACAUCUAUAUCACUGGCCGAACCAAAGAAAUCCUCAUCACUGCCGGCGGUGAGAACGUGGCCCCAGUUCCCAUUGAGAACUUGGUUAAGCAGAGGAUCCCCAUCAUCAGUAACGCCAUGCUGGUGGGAGACAAGGCCAAGUUCCUGAGCAUCCUGCUGACGCUGAAGUGCGAGUUCAACUCAAAGAGUGGAGAGCCACUGGACAGGCUGAGCCCAGAGACCAUCAACUUCUGCCGGCACCUGGGCAGCCAGUCGACCACCGUGACAGACAUCCUGGAGGGUCAAGACCCCUAUGUCUACACAGCGAUCCAGAAAGGCAUAGACAAAGUGAACGAGGCAGCUAUCUCCAACGCUCAGAAGAUUCAGAAGUGGCUCAUCUUGGAGAAGGACUUCUCCAUUUCUAGUGGAGAGCUCGGUCCAACGGGAAAAGUGAGGAGACAGUUCAUAACUGAGAAAUACAAAACGCAGAUCUCUAACUUAUACCACUGA